UGACAGAUGCGGUUUCGUACAAGCAGGCAGGCAGGCAGGUAGAGCAAGUAAAAUUAUAUCACUUUCUCCGUAUCAUCUCGUUGAUUUCGUUCAACAGAAUUAAAAAUAAAACAGUUGCCACAUUUCGUUUUCGCCCGAUUAGCGGAGUCGCGAGCCCGCAAGGUUAAACAUUCUGUGUACAGCAAGAGUGCAGUGUAAAAACAACACAAUCGACUGGGAUUUUUGGCAAUAUCUCCAGCGUACUAACAAAAAAAUGAUAAGCGCUCCGCUGCGGUUCUUCGUCAUAAACGCCAACACUUUCGAGAAAUAAUACAAGUGAUUUUGCUCGCGUAGGAAGAGAGUAGUUGUGAUUAUCAUUUCUGCAACUAGGGGAAAAGUAAAUCAGAGUAUGAAUCUUCUUGAUUGUAAUCCGUACGGCAAUGGGUUACUGUACGCCGGAUUCAACCAAGAUCAAGGUUGUUUCGCUUGUGCCACGGACAAUGGCUUCCGGGUGUACAACACUGAUCCACUGAAGGAGAAGGAACGACAGUAUUUUUCCGACGGAGGCAUAGCGCACGUGGAAAUGCUAUUUCGUUGUAACUAUCUUGCGCUGGUUGGAGGUGGCAUCCGGCCACUCUAUCCGCCCAACAAAGUGCUCGUCUGGGAUGAUCUCAAGAAGGCACCGGCUAUAUCACUGGAUUUUAACGCACCCGUGAAGAGUGUGCGACUCCGGAGGGACCGGAUCGUAGUUGUCCUAGAGGGAAUAAUCAAAGUGUACACAUUCACCCAAACGCCAACACAGCUGCACGUGUUCGAAACGAGCCAAAACGCACAGGGUCUCUGUGUACUUUGUCCGAAUAGCAACAAAUCACUGCUUGCAUUCCCGGGUCGACGGACCGGACAUGUGCAGAUCGUAGAUCUAGCCAAUACAGAAAAAGCACCACAGGAAAUAAUCGCCCACGAAACCGCCAUCAGUUGCAUUGCGUUGAAUCUUCAGGGUACUAGAUUGGCUACCGCUAGCGACAGAGGAACACUGAUAAGGAUAUUUGACACGACCAAUGGAAAUAAAGUGGCCGAGCUGAGACGUGGUUCUAAUCAGGCCAAAAUCUAUUGCAUCAAUUUCAAUCACCAAUCGACGGCGGUGGUAGUGUCCUCGGAUCAUGGAACGAUCCACGUUUUUAACCUUGACGAACCAAGAUGCAAAGAGUCUACCAGUCUACUGACUAAAUACUUCACCAGUCAGUGGUCUUUCUGCAAGUUCUCUAUUCCUCAAGGACCGCCCUGCAUAUGCGCCUUUGGUUCGGAAAACAAUUCAGUGAUUGUAAUAUGCGCGGAUGGCCACUACUACAAAUUUGUCUACAACAGCAAGGGCGAAUGCAGUCGAGAAGUGUGCUCGCAAUUCCUGGAAAUGACCGAUGAUCACACCUAAUAAAGCAAUCAUUUCCUGUCAGAGUGGAUACUGAUUAUAAAUUAAAAAAACUGCUACAUGGACUGUGUGACUGAAGCGAUUGUCGCGAAACAAUGGUGUCUUCGAUGCUGUUUGGUUUAAAAGAAACAAUAAAAAGUUUAAUCGUUAGCGUGCGUACGCUAACAGCAACAAAACAACAACAGCAGCUAUUAACAAGUGUAAAAUAAGUGGUUUUAUUAUUUUGAAAACAUUUUUUUUACUGGCUGAAACAGUGACCGGUACUGUAAGAACGGAAUGAUGCGGAUUAUUAUAUCUAUAUCCUUAGAUACCCUGGAUGUUCGAAGCAAAUAUUAAACGUAAAUCUUUAACCUUAUUACGACUACCAUGCUAUCAAUUGUAACAACUAUUGUGUCUGUCAUUAUUGUGAAACAACAGAUUUUUAUUGGACUUAGAGUACAUAUUUCAAUAAAUAUUUU